AUGGAGUUAAUUCCUGCGGUGGCUGCAUGGGCUCUAUCCUCUACGUGCCAGAGCAUAGUGGCAAGGGAUUGGCUUGGAGGAAUUUGUCCGCAGCGAAUAGACGCGGAAGAACUUAGCUUGAGACUUUCUUCAAGCGCUCGAGUCUAUCUUCCGGGUUCCGAUGGCUUUACUAGAGCAACAACACGCUGGUCUGUUCUAGAUGUCCCAGGAGUUAAAGUUGCCGCUGUUCCAGGAACUGAAAAUGAUGUCGCAGAGAUUGUGAGAUAUGCAAAUCAGCAGAACGUGCCAUAUAUUGCAGUUAGCGGUGGUCACGGAGCUAUAACAACUGUAGGAAAGAUGAAGGACGGCAUUGAGAUUUGGAUGAACCAAUUAAAUGGCGUUGAGGUUUCAGACGAUGGCUUGACUGCUAAAAUCGGCGGAGGGGCUUUGUCAAAAUCUGUUACGGAUACACUAUGGUCGGCAGGAAAGCAGACAGUUACUGGUGGCUGCGAAUGUACCAGCAUUCUCGGACCAGGACUUGGAGGUGGUCAUGGUUUUCUUCAAGCGCGCUAUGGGCUUAUUGGGGACCAGUUUGUUUCUAUGAAUGUGGUGCUGGCCGAUGGGACCAUUCAAACAAUCGACAAGAACUCCGAUCUUUGGUGGGCAAUGAACGGCGCUGGCCACAAUUUCGGCAUCGUAACCUCUGUCACAUCAAAGAUUUAUGAUAUUCAGCAUCCCAAUUGGGCAUAUGAAAGUUUUACGUUCACAGGAGAUAAAGUCGAAGACCUCUAUGAUAAAAUCAACACUCACUUACUUAAGAAUGGUACCCAACUAGUGGAUGUCAUGAACUAUUCGUUCUUUUUCAACAAUCCUGAUGUUGAUCCAACUAAGCCACUCAUCAUAUUUUUCAUAUUGCAAGAAGGAGUAAAUGCCGUCGACGCAACCUACACCGUUCCAUUCCAUGACCUGGGGCCGAUAUCCACUGACGCCGCUGGAGGAAGCUACCGGGAUUUACCGGCCUGGACGGGGAAUGGAAACGAAUCGCCACCGUGUCAAAAAGCUGGUCUGAAAAACAUUCGCUUUCCCAUCGAUAUUGAAUCGUACCAUAUCCCCUCCCAACGUAAAGUGUAUGACUUAUUCGCAUCCGCGACCCAGGAAACUCCUGCCUUCAACAACUCCCUCUUCCUGUUCGAAGGAUACUCUUUACAGGGGGUUCAAAGUAUUCCUAGCGAAUCAACAGCUUACCCCUUUCGAGGCGAUAAUCUUCUCCUUGCACCUCUGAUCACGUAUGCGCCGGGUGAGCCGGACCUCGAUAAGAAGGCUGCCGAGUUAGGUCAUGCUCUUCGUAAUAUUAUUCACGAGGGUACCGGUAGGAGUGAGAUGCAUACAUACGUCAAUUACGCGUAUGGAGAUGAAGCAAAGGAGAAUUGGUACGGGCAUGAAAAAUGGCGACAAGAAAGGCUCUUAGCUCUGAAGAAUAAGUAUGAUCCAAAGAGGAAAUUCAGCUUUUACGCACCUAUUGCGUAA